AACUUUCGCCAAUUAAAGAACUCACACCGGCAAAGCCUGUCAAUGCCAUUACUGUUUGAUCUCACUGUGUUAUUAUUUUGCCAAUGUAAUGGCCUAUUUUCACUUUUCCUGUCAGUAGUGUACUCUCCACUGUAAAGUUAACAAUACCAGUGAUUUUAUAUCACGAUCGAUGCAUGCUCCGUAGCCUGUUUAUUAGAGUAUAAAAUAGUAUUAUAUAAUAAGUACUGUGUAAAAUGCGACAGUGUAGUAGUUAGAUAAUAGUUAGAUGGUAGGACAUCGUUCGUUUAACGUCAAAGUGUCAUAUUGUCCGUCCGUUAUAGAAUUAGUCAACUAGGUUUAGUUUCGUGUUUUAGUAUCUGUAAAUAUGUCUUUAGCAUUUAGUUACAGUUGCAACAUGUUAGUUAUUAGUUCGUCGAAAUGUAGUUUCUAUACAAGUUAUAAUUGCGUCGCAAUGUUGUUCGCUUUACUAUUAUUCUGUAAGCCACAUUUAGUUGUACGGAUUUUCCAACUUUGUAUCUCAGUUUUAACGAUAAAGCACGUUAUGCGCCGUAUCUAUUGGUCACCAUCGCUAUUGUUAUUCCAAGUUGUACCUUUUUCCUAAGGAUGCAGUCUGAUUUUCAUUAUCACCAUCUUGACCAAGUUGUCCUCUUUUCGGCCUAAUUAAUAGGGAUGAUGACCCCUGUUCAGGUUUCAUAGAUUUUUGCUUCUACUACAGAUGGUACAUUUUCAUACUACUAUAAUGACCAUUUCUGGACUUUUUAUGGAAUAAGAUUUAACAGUUUGCCGACACGCAACAGCCCCCAUUGCAAGCAGACAAUCGUCUCUUUGAUCUCAGUUUCAACAAAAAAACACGUAAUAAUAUGCAUGUUGUUGUCUUUAUUGUUAUUGUCCAAGUGAUUGUAUCUUUAUCUAAUGAUGUUGUUUGAUUUUCCUUAUGCAAAUCGGCACAUGAAGAUAUUUUCCUUUGUUUCGUAAUCAAGUAAAACCUACUGGACCGGUUUUAUCCACCCACCCAUGGUCAGUCCCUAUAUAAACGCGUCCCCGACUGCUCUGUUUCUGUCAGUACUGACUCUGCAGCCGUGAGGAUCUGUGCCGUCGUGAAAACAUCGUGCAGUUCUUUGGAGCGUCCGUGCAUCUUGGAUCAGCAGUUUGACCAACAUGGCGACCAGAGCUGAAUCUCACCUGAAACAAGAAAAAGUAGAGAGUGGAGGUGGAAAACAGGAUUCUCCGCGUACCCACAAGUGCGGCGAGUGUGGCAAGGAGUUUCGCUACCUGAGUGAGUUGAAGCGACACUUGCUAACUCAUACAGGAGAGAAAGCUUACCGGUGUGAGGAAUGCAACAAAGUCUUUAGUCUGUUGGGUAGUCUGAAGAGACACAAUCGGACUCACACAGGUGAGAAAUCCUACAGAUGUGAGGAAUGUGGCAGGUGUUUUCUUGAGCUAGGUGAUUUGAAGAGGCACGUUCGAACUCACACUGGUGAGCAACCGUACAGGUGCAGCAAGCAGUUCAGUGAGCUGGGUAGUCUGAAGGAGCACGUGCGGACCCACGCUGGUGAGACACCGUACAGAUGUGAGGAGUGCGACUGGUCGUUUUGUACACUGUCAGGUCUAAAGACACACAUGCGGACUCACACAGGUGAGAAACACUACAGAUGUGAGGAGUGCAGCAGGCAGUUUAGUCAGCUGGGAAAUCUAAAGAGACACAUGCGAACUCACACUGGUGAGAAACCGUACAAGUGUGAGGAGUGCAGCAGACAGUUCAGCAGGAUGGGUAAUCUAAAGACUCACAUGCGGACUCACACUGGUGACAAGCCGUAAAAAUGUGAGGAGUGUAGCCGGCCGUUCAGUAAACUGUCAGAUCUAAAGAUACACAUACGGACUCACACUGGUGAAAAACCGUACAGAUGUGAGAAGUGUGGCAAGCAGUUCAGCCAGUUGUCAAGUCUAAUGACACACAUGCGAACGCACACUGGUGAGAAACCGUACAGGUGUGAGGAGUGCGGCAAGCAGUUUAGUCAGCUGACAAAUCUAAAGACACACAUGCGGACUCACACUGGUGAGAAACCGUACGUAUGCAAGGAGUGUAACAGAAAGUUUAGUCGGUUGGUAAGUUUAAAGAAGCACAUGCGGACUCAUACAAGAAAAAGCGAACACGUUUGAAAAUGCAACGAAAACAACGAUCAUUUUACAUCACGAUCGACGCAUGUCCUGUAUAUAUAUAGUUUGAACUGGAAGUACAAUGUAGUGUGUAAAAAGGCGAGAGUGCAGUAUUUCGACACUCUGUAAACAAGUUUUCUUCUUGUCUCGAUCACGAUCGUUGUAUGCUCCGUAGUAUCGUUUUUAGAUCUAGAAGUGCUUCAAGUAGAGUGUAAAAUACGAAUGUAGAGUGUUCGGACACUCACGUAAGAUUCACGUUGUAAGACACCGUUCGUUUGACGUCUGUCAAUUAGUUGUCGCCGGUUGUUUUAGUUAUUAUUGUGUAGCAUGAUUUGAGUCAGUAGUGAGGUUUUAGAUCACUUUUAGCAAUGUGACCUGAGCUCUUAUUUACUGUUUCCUUUCAGUAGUGCACUCUCUACAUGACUAAAUUGUAAAAUUACGAAUGCAUGCUCCGUAGCCUGUUGAUUAGAACUAGAAGUCGUGUGUAAAAUGCGACUGUGGAUUGUUUAGACAAUAGCGACAGAGUUACACGGUAAGAGACCGUUCGUUUGGCGUCAAGGCACAUGGUCCGUCUGUUAUAGCACUUAUGAUAGUCCACUUUCCAGACCAGAUAAAACUAAUUUUCUUUGAAUUGCUUUUAAGUAACCGCAGUAUACUUGAUUCUUAGAAUGUAAAAUUUAGAGUUAGUUAGCAGCAUAUAUGUUAGUUCUAGAUGCACUAGAGUGUUGUUUGUUUAAUAUUGUUUGUUUUUAUAAGUGUUCUGUAACUAGCCGUAGGUGUUAGAGAUUUGUCAACUUUCUGCAUCUUAGUUUCACCAAUAAAUCAAAGCACGUAAUGUGUUGUCUUCUUUAAUCAUCUUUUUCCCAAGAAUGUUGUCUAAUUUGCCCAUAUGCAAAUUAACGCAUGUAACAUGAUAAUUUCAACAAUAAAUUCAGACACUCAUGUUUUUAUUGAUCAUCGGCUUUAUUGUUUGCAGUCUCGAACUCGGUCUCUUUUUACUACGAAUGAUGUUGUCUGACUCUUCCCUAUGCAAAUCUUUAUGGUGGUUUCCUUUGUUUCGUAAUCAAGUAAAACCCACUGGACCGGUUUUUCUGCCCCCUCAGUCCCUAUAUAAACGCG